ACAAGAAAAUCAAUAAUGAAAUUGCUCGAAAAAUGUAUGGUACUACUGAUCAAUGCUCAUUUGCUGAUGGCAACAGUUGCUAAAAAUACAACUACAUUGGAUCCUAGAUAUGAUGAGAUGAACAACGAUCUAGUGUGCUACUCAAAGUACGACAAAAGUCGUGUGGUUCGUUGCAAUAGUGCGUGUGUUCAGAAGAGAAUAGUUUCCAGAUACAAGAUUAAUUCAGAAUACGAUUUUGACUUCUACUAUCGAGUUGGUUGUGAGAGCAAAAGCUUCAACCCUGAACUUCAAAAACUUCAAUGCAGUGUGAAGGAAUUUUAUGGAUCUGCCUACACAAUAGACUACAUGAUAAAAGGCGACACUACUCGAAAUCCGCGGCUUUUUGUUCGCAAGACGUGCUGCUUCACACCAUACUGUAAUGAGCCCGUUCUGUAUUCGCACCGUUACUGGUUCCGAAGAAAUUGGAGUAUGUUGGCAAUUAUGAGGAAUAAGUACAAUUCUCAGCAUCUUCUUCUUUUUGUUGUGACUUCGUUGAUCGGGAUAUUGAUGGUUUAUGGUAUUGUUACAAAGGUGAUGAGUUGGUUCAAAUCCAAACAAAUGUCACAAUCAGGACAGAAGUGUAGGGAGUUGGAGCACGAGCUGAUUCUAGAAUCCAGUUUCAAGGAUAGUACUAUUGUGGAUACCGGCCUGGAAGUGACUGGACGCCUCACUGUCAAGGAAACUGCAUAUCUUUUAUCACAACUUCCGGAUCAAGAUAAGGUCAAAUAUUCCCGAAUGAAGUCAGUUUCAACAGAAGAAUCUUCAAAAUCCAAGUCUGCUCAAUCACUUGCGGUAGUUGAAAGUGAGGUGGUCGCGGGAUCAGGAACGAGAAGGGUAUUCAUAAAACCUCCGCUGAAAACUAAAGCAAAGGGCUGGGGACACACACUUUGGAGCACAGUUCGAACGAUCAACUCACCAUAUGAUCUUCUUUAUCGAAUGAUUGAACAUGGUCCUUAUCAAUAUCCAUUUACAGCUUUGGAGCUACUUUGUUUAUUCGAAGAAACUGCAUUCAAAAUGGCCGAGGAACCAUCUCUUCUCCAGAUUGAAGCAGACAUCACAGUGAUCGGAGAUAUUCGUGGAAGAUACGCUGACCUGCAUAGAUGGCUGCAACUAACCGGAUGGCCUCCUCAUAAUCGAAUCUUGUUCCUGGGUGGAAUUUUGGAUAGCGGGGAGUCUGGAUCGGUCGAGUGUCUUGCGUUGAUUUGCUCGUUGAAGUGUCGUUUCCCGAAGCAUGUCUUUAUUCUCCGAGGAGAACCCGAAACAUCUCCGUUCCGAAUGUCGACUCGUCUUCAUCCAGUCAUCACAAGAGCCGUUCAAUCUUGUAUUAAAAGAAUGUGUACACAUAUGCCAUUUGCUGCAAUUAUUGGUAAAUCUGUGCUCGCCGUCUACAGUGGAUUUUCUCCAAUGAUUCGAGAGAAGGGGCACAUUCAUCACCUGUUCCGACCGGUUACUGCAGAGCACAUGAACGCGGUCGAGCGACAUAUCAUCUUCAAUCAGCCAUCGAAUCGUGUCAGAAUGUAUAGACCGAAUCCAAAUACCGAAGGCGAUUGGUUUGGGAAGCAGGCUGUCAAGAGAGCUUGCAAAGCGACGAGAUGUAAUGUUAUGAUUCGAGGACAAUCCUACGUGCCAUACGGCUACCUUCCGUGCUGGAACAACCGGCUCAUCAACUUGUGGUCGGCUCCGGGAUAUGGCUCAGACUUUGGAGCAAUUCUCUCGAUUUCCAAGGACUUGGUCAUUACACCGAUUUUAAUGGAAAAGCAAACUUGAAUUGAUGAAAAUUAACUAGAGAUUUCGCGAAUAAAUGAGUUUAUGGAUU